GUCAGCUAGCAGCACCGAUGGCCUUGGGGACUUGGUGUUCCUUGGAGGAGGGAGAGUAACAGGCUGGUCUCCAGUGACUUAUGCCUCUCGGAGUGGUAAGCUGUGCCAGGGCAGCCAAAAGCUCUGACGCUGCUGCUAUAGCACUCGUUCUUAGUCUGGGUGCCACCAGCCAGACAAGCCCCUCCUAAAAUGGGGCUCUCAGGACUUCUGUCAAUACUGGUACUGUUCAUCCUCCUGAGUGGUGUCCAGGAACAUGGGCUGGUUGAGGGGUUCUUAUGUAAGUAUUGGGGACUCAGUCCUCUCAGUAGAGAAAGGAACUCAGAUGGGAGGAAAGAACAAAUGAUUCUAACCCUGAGAAAUGCUUCCCCCACCCCUCACCCCCACCUCAGCCUGGGAUCCUGGCACAAAGACAUGUGUCCCAAAAUCAAAGUACAUUGUGAUAAGAAAGAAACAAAUGAAUGUCUAAAGAACAGGCAGUGCCCAGAGAAGAUGAAGUGUUGCGACUUUAACUGUGCAAGGAAAUGUUUAAACCUCCAACAAUGUAACUCAGAAAUCCCCUGA